CGAUAAUCCAAGAAUCGGCGGUGAGAGGGUCAGAGAAAGAGACCGGAAGUUCGAUCGGUCUAUCAACUGCACAGUCAUUUUCUGCCACGCAAUCGGAGAAGGAACUGUGGUUUUGACCGCGAGAAAGGAAUGGGAGACAAUCUGUUUGAAGGGCUUCCCCCUCCUUCUCAUCAGCUCCAUAACGACAAUCAUCCGCCGCCUCCGCUAGCGAAGAGCAAUACAGAGCUGGUGCUGGUUCCGCCCCCUCCAAAAUCGGCCUUGAAGAGCGCCCUUAAACGGUCGAAGCCUGUGGAGUCUACCCAAGAACCCGAAGGAUCGGGUGUUGAAAAGGAUUUGGCGGCGCCAGAGAAGAAGAAGCUGCGGUUCAAAACCACUACGGAUGCCUCUGCAGAGCAAGUUAUAGAGGCCAUGCAGAAAAUAGCAUCACAUAUCAAGAACCCAACCAAGUUCUCAAAGGCUUCAAAGCUUGCUAUACAGCUAAUUCAUGCUGGUAGUGUAACUCCCAGCACCAGUGACCAAUUCUUUGCCAUUCUGGAGGUUGCAAUGUCGUCAACCAUGUCUUGUACAGAUCCUUCUGUGCGUGCAGAUUAUCAUGCAUUGUUCUCUGCAGCACAUGAUGCCGCUGAAUGCCUGAGCAGGAAGCAGAAGCAUCAAUUAGAGACAUGGUCGAUAAUGGCAGUGGUGGCGAAUGACUUGUUCACUGAUGACAGCUUUGUGUUUUCGAAGACUGCUGGUCAAUUAAAGGAGACAAUAAGCAAGCUACCAAUUGUAACUGAGGAUGAUGAUGCAGAGGAAGCUGCAAUACUGCUAGAUCAAAUUGGGACAGCAACUGAUGGAAAUGAAGAAACCGGGCGAGAUACAUCUGGUGCUGUAGCAGUGGAAGAAGCUAAGGACAAUGAGGCCGAUCCAUUUGGGCUUGAUGCACUGAUUCCAAGCACUGUGAAGAAAGAUGAGAGGGCAAAGACAAAGGAUGCAAAAAAGGAAGAAGAUUUUGAAUUAAAGAGACACCUCAGGUCUCAAAGAGAAGCCGUAAUCACCUGCUUAGAUAUUGCUGCUCGGCGUUACAAAACACCUUGGUGCCAGACAGUGAUAGAUAUAUUAGUGCAGCAUGCUCAUGAUAACGUUCGGAGGUUUACAUCUAAACAAAGAGAUGCCAUAGAGAAGCUAUGGGCCUCUGUUAGGGAACAACACGUACGUAGGAAGCAAGGCAAGUCGGUGAAUGGGAAACUUGACGUCACAGCUUUCGAAUGGCUCCAGGAAAAGUAUUCCACGGAGACGAUCAGUAUUCGGCGUGCUGUUGGUAGCAGUGGAGAACGUCGUGCUCAGCAGUGGCUUGGAUGAGACCACUUUCUUUUGACAUUGUUGUUGUAAUAUUAUUGAUUGUUAUUGUUCCAUUAAUAGUCCCUGUCAAGAGAGCACAUGGGAAAUGUUCAACGAUUUUGGAUUGAGUGUGUGUGGAGAUAUCUGCAUAUAAUCGUUUUGCUUCUGACUUGUGUUGCUUCAUUUGGUUCCCCUUCCUCCACAUGAGCAACGAUCAUGCGGCGGAGCUAUGUUGGCGUCUGAAACUAUUGGCAGCAAUUCGCCAAGAAGCUGAUGAACCUGAUGGUGGAUGAUAAGGAUUUAUCCCUUUUUCUUAUUCCAAUUAGAUGUUCUGGCAGGCCAUAGCAAUUCCAAUGUUCAGUACUCAGCAAAGUUUAUACCUCAGGACAAUUGCAUGAGCGAGUUCUUCACUUAUUGAGAAAUUCGGCACAGGACACAUGAGCGAGGUCUUCACUUAGGUUGGAUCAGUGAGACGGAAUAUCCUGGAAAACAUACAGAAAAGUUCAGAUCCUAUGAGCACGUAAUAUAUGCAGUUGAAUAGG